AUGGACGACGACCGGACGCGGUCGCUCGAGCAAGAGGCCAUUGCGCUCGUGAGCCUGAGCACCGCCACGCACUUUGCGACGUCGGACCCGCCCCACGAGGCUCUCACUGAAGCGUCGGCGGAGCUCCUGGACGGCGCCAUUUCGAUGAAGUCGCUGCUCGUGACGCUCAAGAAGAAGCGCCCGUUGCAGCCCGAGAUCAAGCGCGAGGACGGUCCAGACGCGGGCAGUACGCCCGAGACGGACGUCGAUAGCGCCAAACUCCCGAGCUUCCGGACCGUGUUCCAGCCGCCGCGAGAGCCCCCGCUGCCGAAACAGGCGCUGGCGCCCGACAGCGUCUUUGUCGAGUCGGUCAUGGCCGCGGAGCUCAAGUGCAAGUACCGCACGGGCAAGUGCCGCAACGUGCGCGCGCUCAAGUCGUGCGGCGACCACCACAACUUGUGCAACUACCAUCGCCUUCGGGCCAAUGCAAACCAGCGCAAACUCGAUCGCAAGAAGAAAGAGCAGCGGCUCUUGCAGCAACAGCAGCAGCAGCAGCAACGCACGGCCACAGUCGCAGCCAGCGCGUCCUCACCACGCGCGGUGAAACAUCGGGUGUCGGUUUCUCCCUCGCCGCAUGCGGCCGCGGCGGCCCUCGCGUCGCUUGUGGCUGCACGGCAUCACUUUUAUUCGGUCGUUGCAGUGGACGUGACAGCGGUGCAAGAGGCAGCGGGCAAGACCAGCAUGGACCGAAGCACUACCGGCACGACGAGCCGUGUACGCCCCAAGCAGGAAGACGCCUGCAGUUAUUAG